AAAAAUAUUUUGGGGAAGAUAUUAUAUAAGUUGAAAAUAUGUGACGAAGAAUCUUGUACAUAUUAAACUCUUGUUUUUUCAACCCUCCGAAAUUAAUGUUUCCCUGCAGUCAUUUCACUAUUACCGUUGUUGAGUAAGGGAGAAUUGCUGCCUUGGGAAGAAGAAGAUGGAUGGAAGGGAAGUCUAAGUCAGGGCAAGAAAACACAGAAUCAGGCGGGGGCUGAGGAAGCGAAUGGUCAGAGGCGUGUCGGAGUUUAGUCCACGGUGGGAGGGGGUGAUAAAAAGCGGGGGAAACUUGGCGCUCACUCCCAGGAAACCUGAGGGUAGCCACGGGAACCAGGAAAUACCUCACGGUGCCCAAAAGGCAGUGACUGCCACGCGGCCUGUGCGUCCUAGGUUCAGGCACCAGGGUAGCACUGCGCAGGCCCGAGCCUCGCCGGCGCCUCAAGAGGGAAGGCGGGGGUCUGCGCAGGCCGGUGGCGGAGGCAGUGCUGCGCGGCUGAGCUGCGCAGUGCACCAGCCUAGUCUGGGAGCGGCAGGAUCCGCUGUAGGCAAGUCCAGACUGGAUAGACGACGUCCGGGGGUCACCCGUCGCACCUUGGGGACCCAUGUGGGGUCCAGAUGCCCGGUGAGCCCGAAAAUACUGUGUGCUAAAUGUGGGUCAGGAGCAUUUAGGAAGGAGGAUACAGCUGUAUACUAUUCCUAUGAAAAGAAACAUUGUCAAGAAUCGUCAGAGAGAUUUAGAGAUGCUAUCUGCAGGAUUUCCAGAUUUCAACAAAAUUGUUUUACCCUGAAUAAUGUGGAUGUCACUUUUAUCCUGAUUUGGAGAACCUAUUGAGGAGAUUUUCUUGAGUUGCCUGUUGUGAAAUGAGGAGCCUAAUAGGAAAAGCACCAUUUACAGUUGCACCAAGAAGAAUAAAAUACCUAGGAAUAAAGUUGACCAAAGAGGUAAAAGGCCUGUAUUUUGGAAAAUUAUAAAACACCGAAGUAAGAAAUUGAAGGUGAUGCAAACAAAUGGGAAGAUAUUUCAUGCUCAUGGAUUGGGAGAACUAAUAUUGUUAAAAUGUCCACACUAUCCAAGACAAUCUACAGAUUCAGUUCAAUCUCUAUCAAAAUAUCAACAGCAUUUUUUACAAUAGUAGAAUGAAUAUUACUAAAAUUUGUAUGGAACAGAAGACCCCAAGUAGCCAAGGCAGUCCUGAGAAAGAACAAAUCUGGAGGUAUCACAAUACUAGAUUCCAGGAUAUACUACAAAACUGUAAUAAUCAAAGCAGUAUGUUACUGGCACAAAAGUAGAUUGAUGGAACAGAAUAGAGAUCCUAAAAAUAAACCCAUAAUUAUAUGUUUAAUUAAUAUGACAGGAGGUAAUAAUUUACAAUGGGGAAAAUAUUUUUUUUUCCAUUAAUGGUGCUGGGAAAGCUGGACAGCUGUAUGUAAGAGAAUGAAACUGGACCACUUUCUAACCACCCACAUAAUAAUAAACUAAAAAUGGGUUAAAGACCUAAAUAUAAGACCUGAAACCAUAAAAUAUCCUAGGAGAGAACAUAGUAAUUUCUCUGACAUCUACCAUUGCAACAUGUUUCAAGAUAUGUCUCUCUUUUUUUUAAAAUUUCCUAAAUGUUUGUUUUUGACAGAGAGAGACAGAACAUGAGUGGGGGAAAGGCAGAGAGGGAGAGGGAGACACAGAAUCCAAAGCAGGCUCCAGGCUCUGAGCUCUCAGCACAGAGCCCAAUGUGGGGCUUGAACUCAUGAACUGUGAAAUCAUGACCUGAGCCGAAGUUGGAUGCUUAACCAACUGAGUCACCCAGGUACCCCACAAGAUAUUUCUCUUAAGGCAAGGGAAACAAAAGCAAAAGUAAACUAUUGGACAACAACAAAAUAAGAGGCUUUGCACAGUAAAAGAAACCAACAAAACAAAAAGACAAUCUACUGAAUGGGAGAAUAUAUUUACAAAUAAUAUAUCUAAUAAGGAGUUAAUAUCCAAAAUAUAUAAAGAACUUAUAGAACUCAAUAACAAAAAAACAAACAAUCCAUUUAAAAAAAUUGGGAGAGGACCUGAAAAUAUAUGUCUUUUUCCAAAGACAUAUAGAUGACCAACUGACGCAAGGAAAGAUGCUUAAUUUCACUAGUUAUCAGGGAAAUGCAAAUGAAAACCACAGUGAAAUAUCACCUUACACCGGUUUGAAUGGGUAAGAUAAAAAAGACAAUAAAUAAAAAGUAUUGGUGAGGAUAUGGAGAAAAAGGAACUCUUGUGCACUGUUGGUCAGAAUGUAAAUUGGUACAGCCACUAUGGAAAACAGUAUGGAAGUUCCUCAAAACUUUAAAAAUACAAAUAGUAUUUAUGAUUGAAUAACUUUAUUGUUGGGUAUUUACUCAAAUAAAAUGAAAAUACUACUUCAAAAAGAUAUAUGCACCCCUAUGUUUGUGGCAGCAUUAUUUACAAUUGCCAAGAUAUGGAAGCAACUAGUGUCCAUCAGCAGACAAAUGGUUAAGAAAAUGUGCACUAUCACACAGCCAUAAAAAAAGAAGAGAUUGUGCCAUUUGAGACAACGUGGAUGGACCUAGAAAGUAUUAUGCUAAGUGAAAUAAGUCAGACUGAGAAAGACAACUACCAUAUGAUUCCAUUCACGAGUGGAAUCUAAAAAAAACAAGUGAAUAAACAAACACCAGAAUUGGGCCUAUAAAUACAGAGAACAAAUUGAUGGUUGCUAGGGUUGGUGGGGUGGGGGCGUUGGGCAAAAUGGGUGAAGGGGAGAGGAAAAUACAGGCUUCCACUGAUGGAAUGAAUAAGUCACUGGAAUAAAAGGCACAGCAUAAGAAAUAGUGAUACUGUAAUUGCAUUGUAAUGGAACAGAUGGUAGCUACACUUGUGGUGAACAUAGCAUAAUGUAUAAACUUGUCAAAUCACUAACUUGUACACCUGAAACUAAUGUAACAUUGUAUAUCAACUAUAUUCAAAUAAAAACAGUUUUAUAUUUGAAUCCUUUUCUCUUUCCCUAAGGAUUUUCUGUUUGUGUUGUGGUGUCAGUGCCCAGAAAGGUUAAUAUUCCUUCUUCCAUAUCUUGUGUUCUGAAAUGCUUUUUAAACAACCCCUGACUGUGGAUUCAAUAAUUUUAAAUUUUUAGAUAUUUAUUUGAAUACUGGUGUUGAAUAAAGAGAUGUUUAAACCAACUAUAAUCCAUAAACAUCUGCUUUAUUUUUUGUUUUGGAAAGCUAUUUGUUUUUGUCUGGGGAAUCCUAGUAUUUCUUGCUAAUUGUGAGAUUUCAACAAAUAAUUUUCAUACUUAGUCUUAACUUUUUACUAAAUAUGGAAUUCUCAUGUAUGAAGUAGAUGGCAAAUCCCACCAUGUUAUGUUCGCCAUGUGGAUUUUAAAUUUUUAUUGUUUUAAAAUUUAUUUAUUUUUAUUUCCUUGUUUUAAAAUUCUUAAUGUGUUAUUUUUAUUUUUUGGAAAAAGGAAUACAUACAUAUGACAAAUUCCAACAGUACAAAAGAGUAUAUAGUAAAAAAAUCCUUUAGUCUUAUUCCCUAAAGACAACAAUUAUUACCAGUUUCUGUGCAUCCUUUCAGAGUUAUUUUAUAUAUACUCUAGCCUUUCUCUAUCAUAUUUACUUUAGCUAAAACUGUAGUAUUCUUGAAAAGGGGAAUACUUUCUUAAUUCAUAUAUUUUUUGCCAAUUCAAUACUACAUUUAUAUUUUUAUUUACACAGGCUUAAUACAGUUUUGCUUAGUUAUAUUUGGAUUUUUUUAAAACUGUGAAUAAAAAUCUGAGUAAGAUUGAUUUAAAUAGUCAUGAACUAUUUUGAGAACUAAAAUUAGGAUAACAUAAAGGAAUUAUCUAAAAGGUAUGGAAACUGAGUAAUACUGGUUGGAAGUGGAAAGUGGGAGGCAGGACUAUUGAGCGUAGUAUUUGAGGAGCAUUGUCUGAUGUAUCUAUAAAUACCUUUCUUUCCUUCUUAAGCACAUGUAUGUACUUCUGUUAUCCAUACUGUUGGAUAAUAAAUUAUUAAAUUCUGUAUAACUGAUUUCUCAGCUAUGCUCUGAGAAUAUUAGCACCCGAAAAGAUGUUAAUACAUAUGUCAUGAAACAAUUUUGUGGUAAAAAUGUUUGGGAAAAGGGCUAUGGCAUCGAUAAUCAACUUUUUAAGUGAAAUUAAUAAUUGCUUUCAAGGUAUGAGGUGCUAAAUGUAUCCAUCUGAGCUGCUAAAAUAUUUUGUAACAUUUUAAAUGAAAAGGAAAUCUAUUACAGAGCUCUGUCAUUUUCUUAACUCUUUCACUGAUAGAUACCAUGUUUGUAUUUGGCAGAAGAAUUCUUGUUCUUCUUUUUUUAGUAUUUGUAGAAUGCAAUUUUGGCAUUUCCUGAGGGGAAUAGAAUUUAUUGAGGCAGUUUGUAUUUUUAAAAUGCAAUAACUUGUUAUGUCAGAAGCAGCUUUGAAAUGCCAGAAGAAAAUAUUUCCUCUUUCUUUGCCUCUUUCCCUUCACAAUUGCCAUAAACAAUGCAAGUUGUAUACAUAAACUGUACAAUUAUUUACUUUUAAUGUUUGAUUGAAUGGCUUUUAAAAAGUCAGACAUACUGCCAAAUAGCUAAAUGUUUAUUUAUUUAUUUUUCUU